GAGUCAUUUAUUUGUCGCCAUCUACCAUCAAUUUUCGAAAGCAACCGAGCUCAGUCGCACGAUGUGUAUCAUAAGAAGACUAUAAACAAGAUUUGGAAUUUUGAGGUUAUUCGCCAAUUUUAAAAUUAUUUGAAAAUAUUUGUUAUUAGCGCACAUAUCUCGUUUUAGAUUAUGGGUAGGGCAUGUUGCGUUCUGGGAUGUCCUUCGGGAGGAGAUGCCCCAUCCCAUCAGAUUCCCAAAAAUCCGGUCCUCUUUCAGAAAUGGAAAACCAUGAUUUAUUCUGAAAAAAUUCAGCAUCUGACUGACGAGCAAAUAAGCAAAUGCACAGUGUGUUAUCGGCAUUUUGCAGACGAUGAUUAUUUAGUAACCUUCAGAAUCAGAAAGUUGAAACGCGGUGUAAUGCCUUCUUUGAAUUUGCCGAACAAGUCGGUUUCUAAUGCACCUAACUUAAAUCAAACGAAAUCACAAACUGCGAACACAAAUAUAUUUACCAAGGAGGAAACAAAGAAGGAAAUAAAAGAGAAUAAAACAGAAAAUCAAACUAUAAUGGAAGUAUCAAAUCAAAUUACAUUAUUCGAAGAUGCUCCAGAUGCUCCGGAAGAAGCAGAGCUUUGUUUGUUUAAUCAGUCGUUGCAAACUUCACUAAACGAGCAUACUGAAGAGAUCAAUUCAAUGACAGAAACAUUCAAAUUACAUCAUAGAAAAAAGAUAUCAAGGCUAAAACGAGUGAGAUUAAUUGCUGAACAAUCAUCUCUACUUCGACAUAAAAAACAAGCCAUGCAAUAUGAAAAGACACCUACAAUACAAAAAUUAUUAUCUUUUCUUACACCUAUUGAAAUAAUGUCUAUCAAAAGUAGAAUACAAAAGUCUAGAUAUUCUCCGAAAGUAUAUGUAAAAGUAUAUCACGACAUUGCAAAAAGAAAAGCUCUUGGCCAAUUAUAAUUAUAAAAUAUAUUUUAAAUCAGCUUACCUCAUAUUGAUUCUCUAAAUGAUCGAAGUCAGGAGAAAAGUCUAUGUUCUUAUCAAUGAAGACAUACACAUUUUGACUGAUUAUAAAAUCUAAUUUGAUACAAAUUUUGAAAUCGAGAGGAUAAACACAAAAUUUAUUAUCUUCCAUUUAAUAACACUUCUCAAAUAAGAUUUCAAUUCAUGAAACAAAUGAUAUCAUAUAUAGUAGGUCGCAUCUAAAGAGCUUUGUUAUUAAUAACAAAGAAUUAAUUUCAUAUAUAAUCCAACGCUCUUAAACGAAAAAAAUUCAAGUGGAAAUGUUGGGCGCAAAGUUCGAACGGUAUGUCGAUACAAUGGUGGUUUUACUGUAUUUUUAAAAACGAAUAUACAUGAAAUAUACAUUUAUAAUUAUAUGUAUAUAUAAUUGGUAGAAUGAUUAUAUUAUUUUCUGAAUAGAUCUCUGAAUCUUAUCGCUAA